GCGUGCGGUCGAUCUUCCUGACUACGGUUUACAUCCUGACCGAUUUCGUCAUACUGCGUCGUUGAAUCACGUUUUUACUACGUAAUUCUAUUACUUAUCGUCUUUCUUACGUUCGUAUCAUCGCGUCACGCUCGAAUCCGCUACGAUUGUCUUCUAUUCGAUCAAACGUAUUCGAGAUAUCGGUAUAAACACGCCAGUUUGUAUACUAUGUUAAUUAUUAGUUUUAUUAGAUUGGUGCAAAAAAAGUUUGUUGCUUUUUUAUGAAGGGGCUUGGACUUACAGUUAAACCAGAUGUAAACACUUAUUUCCAAAUAAGAAAAUUCUAUUGAAGUCAAUGAUAUCGAUGUGGACGUCGAACAUGCUACAGAAGUCGGACAACGGUGACGCCGUGGACGACGUCGAUCUCCACAUACAAUACGCGAGUUCGAUCGACGACGAGCUAUCCGCUCCGGCCUUGGUGCAUUAAAUGAUCGCGGGUACAUCGGAUGCAAUUCGAAAUGUCGUUCUUUGGAUGGAAAAUGGGUGGUAGCGGCGGGGGUGGCGGAAGUUCCGAGCACACCGGUCGUAACUUGCAAGACGGACUGUUCCAAAUCGCAUCGCAGGCGUGCCAUAUUUUGGUGCAAGUGAAUAACACGCACAAUGUUUCUUAUGGAGGUAGCAACAAUGUGAACAAUGUUGCGUAUUCGAAAUAUUCCACGACCGAUAGUUCCGUCGCACCGACGACAUCGUCAUCGACGAAAGAGGCGAAUGCUGCCAAAACGUUUCCGAGAGGGAAGGAUCAAGAUGUGGUGGUAUUAUUGCCGCACCGCAAAAAUAGAGCACCGCGCCUCAAGCACAAAUUGUCGACUGUAUCCGAAAACGCGCGAUUGGACGUGAACUCUCCAGGCGGCGAUGACGACCUAGAAUUGUGGGACCAGUCCGGGUUUAUGUUGAGGAGCGACGUGGAUGAUCAUCUUACGAAUACAAAAUGGGGUGCGCAAGGUUGGUGCAGACCCAGUUGCAUACCGAUAACGAUUAUACUGGUUUUGAUUGUCCUGGUCGUAUUGUUGCCACUGUUGGAUCACGCAGCGGACAAGUACGCGCUAAAUUCCACUGCAUUGGACUCGGAAUCAAUGUGCAUGAAUCGUUGCAAUAUAUUCUUGGUUGAAACUAUACCUAUAGGAAUGAAUUACAGCAAUAAUGCUGCGCAACACGAGACUAUCUAUGAUUCCUGGAUGAAUCUUAUCGGAAUGGCGCAGGAUACCAUUGAAAUCGCAUCGCUUUAUUGGACGAUGAAAAGAGAAGAUGUGUUUCCCGAUGACAGUGCUAAAGAGGGUGAACAAGUAUUCCAGUCGCUUUUAGAAGCCGGAAGAGACAGGCAAAUUGUGUUAAAGAUUGCGCAGAAUAUUCCUUCUCGCUUGUCUCCGAACAUCGAUACACAAAUUUUAGCCAAAAAGGCUAACGCACAGGUGAGGAGUUUAAAUUUCGCUGGAUUAUUGGGCGGCGGUGUACUUCAUACGAAACUGUGGCUCAUUGAUCGUACUCACGUGUACGUCGGAUCAGCAAAUAUGGAUUGGAGAUCCCUUUCGCAUGUAAAAGAACUCGGUUUGGUAGCCCUAAACUGCUCCUGUUUAGCGAAUGAUUAUGCCAAAAUAUUUGAUGUGUACUGGAAGUUAGGUGAAGAUGGUAAAGUGCCUUCCACAUGGCCAGAUUCUCUCAGCACAAAAAUAAAUAUAGAUAAUCCUAUGAAUUUUACAUAUAUGGAUAAUAAGUACAAAUUAUUUAUUGCGAGCUCACCUCCGCCAUUUUCGCCGAAAGGCCGAAGCAACGAUUUAGAUGCGAUCUUGCACUGCAUUGACAAAGCGGAAAAGUUCAUUUACAUCUCAGUGAUGGAUUAUUUCCCUUUAACGAUAUAUACUGCACAAGUGAAAUAUUGGCCUAUAAUAGACAAUGCUCUGAGAGCGGCAGCGAUCGAGCGUAAAAUAGAUGUGCGUCUCCUAAUCUCCAAGUGGAAACAUUCGAGACCGUCCGAAUCAUAUUUUCUCAAAUCGUUGCAAGAUUUGACGAGGAGCUAUCAAAAUGUGAAAAUUGAAGUGAGAAGAUUUGUUGUACCCACUGACUCGCAGUUAGACAAAAUACCAUUCGCAAGAGUGAAUCACAAUAAAUAUAUGGUCACCGACAUAGCAGCAUAUAUUGGAACGAGCAAUUGGUCAGGAGAUUAUUUUAUUGACACAGCCGGUAUUGGCACCGUAUUCGAAAAUGUUGGACAGCAGAAUAAAGACAAUAUAAGGCAACAGUUAGAAAAUAUCUUUUAUCGUGAUUGGAAUUCUAAUUAUUCUUUCCCGUUAAAUAUAAGCGAGGAGCGCCUCGAAAAUGUAAUUAAUAGCAGAUCAUGGGGUUUAUCGCGAAAUUCAUAUCAGUAAUUAUUGUAUGAAUCUUAUAUUCAUACACAAUUAUAGUAAUGGCACUAAUCAUUUUUAAUCGCGAAAAGUUUUACUGCAUCGAUUUAAUCGAAAGAAGUUUAUCUCGAUUUUCAGUAGGACAAAAUUCUUUUAUGUGUUUCUUUAUCUGCAUCUACAAUAUAUGUUCUCUCUUUUUUUUUAAAUAAUUUUUAUAAAAUUUUCUAAAAUUUUUCUGGAGUUUAAGAUUGUGCGCAAGCAAUGGAUCAUUGUAACAACUAGAUUUAUCAUUAUAUAUGUUGCUUGUCAAUUGACAAGAGAGUUCAAAUAUUAUAUACAUACAUGA